AUGUUAUUCAACAUUCUUCAAAGAAACAAUUAUUCUUCACGAAAUUUACAAAUUUUAUUAAACCCAAUAUUUAUAACUUUUUUACAUAAAACACCUAAAAGACCUUUUUCAACUAAAUCAAUACAAGGUAUAACAGAGAAAACGAGAAAUUUAUUAUCAAACAUUAGAAACAAUAGAGAAAAACCCAAUAAUGUUAAUAACGCCAAUAUUGAAAAAACUUCGAUAGUCUCUCAACCUCAAGAAGUUGUUAUUCUUCAAAAUAAUAAUAAUAAACCCCAUGAAAUAUUGACAUUUUCAGAUUCCGCUUCACAAAUUUUACGAAAUUCUGCAUUAAUUGUGGCCAGACAAGUAGAAUUAUUAAACGUUUUCUUGAAUCAAAUUUGUGUAGGUUACAUUGCCGAAGAACAAACCUUUACCUCAACUUUAUUAAGACAAUUAUUUCGAACUCAUCGAAAUUUUCGAGCGACAAUAUUAAAUCCGAAUGGUGAAAUCAUUUUAAAAAUUCAUCGACCUUUCGCUUUUAUAAAUUCAAGAAUUUUCGUUAGUACCAAUGAUAAUCAAUUGAUUGGUGAGGUUCAACAACAAUGGCAUCUUUGGCACAAAAGAGGAGUUGAUUUCGGAAGUGUGAAUCGAAAUUUUGGAGGGUUUGCCAAAGAGAUUUUUACGGAUAUGGGACAAUAUGUAAUUAGAAUGGAUCCGGAAACGAGACUUAUGUCAUUAGAUGAACGAGCGGUUAUUUUGGCAGCCGCUAUAUCAGUUGAUUUUGAUUAUUUUUCAAGACAUUCUAGACAUGGUGGUGGAGGGCUUUUCCAUCUUCCAAUUUUAGAUGAUCUACAAGGAAGAAAUAGUAAUGUUGAUGAUGAUAAAGAAUUGGCUAUGUGA